AUGGAAAUUCCAAAGAUCUUUCAGGAAGCCGAUCAAUUUGCAAUUCCAAUCGGUGCAAAAUUCAUAACUGAGCAACUUGUUCAUGCAAAGUUUUCCGAAACAUUUAGCGAACUCGGUCAAGCUGCCACAACUUAUUCAAUCCUUUGCACAUUGGAAGAAAAACCAGAAGUAUAUCGUCAAUUCAACGAUACAGAAGUUAUUGCCGGCUUUUCCAAAGACGGAAAACUCAGAGCUUCAAUCAGACACAUUCCAUUUGCCAAAAACAUGCCUCCGUCUACACAGAAAGUCGAAGAAAAUGUCGCUGUCCUUGAAAUUAUGGACGGACAAAAACUCGUUGUAAGACAAAUCCUUUCAGAUAAAGUUGGCAAACCAACAACACAUCCAAACUUAACAAACGGAAUCGUUUUCUCACCAGAUAACAAGUACAUUGCAUGGACUGUCGCCGAUCCAGCCAAGUUUGAAAGGAAAUCUGCCUUAGGAUACUCCACAAAAAUGGCAAAUUACAAAGAUUACGGUGAGAACUGCACAAACAUCUUCCAAACAUCACUUGCCGUAUUCGAUAUCGAAAAGAAGGAAGCCAAGUUAUUUGGAGCUCCAGAAGGCCAUGGCGUUUGCAAAUCUUCCUUCGCUUCUAAUGAUGUACUUAUUGUCCAAGCAAUGAAGAUUAGCUCUCCAAUACAGCUUGGCAUCAACGCAUACACAAAUAGAUAUUAUUCGCUCUUUGCUGUACGCGUUAAUGAAGAACCAUCAUUCAAGCUCCUUCUACAGCCAAAGAGAGUUGAGUUCGAUGCUAUUCAAGUUGAUGAGAAUAAUGCUAAGAUCUUCGCCUUCAAAUUCCCAGAAAAAUUCGGUGGCCAUCGUGGACCUCUUUACCCAGAAGUAUCGACACUUAACCUCGCAGAUUUAACCAUUACAGAUACAAAGACAUCUACCGAAGAGAUCUCUCUUGGAACAAUUCCAAAUAAUUUGUUCAUAUCUCCAGAUAAAGUCGCUUUUACAGAAGAACGCCAAGGACUUAUGAUCCCUGUUAUUCUUGAUCUUGCCAAUAACUUUGCUCGUUCCGAAAUUCCAGGAGCCAGAGAAGGAAUUCAAUCUGCCGUCCUUUGCGACUACUUAAACGACAAUUUCCUUCUUAUUCAAUCCACACCAACAUCAAUUCCUUGCAUUGUUGUUGUUAAAGAUGGCAAACAAAAUUAUUUGACUGAAGAACAUACAUUUGCAGGCCUCACAGCUUCAAUUGAGACAUGCGGUGACAAUGCUAGUGUAAUCAUGCUCGUCCCUGAGGGCUCAAAGAAGUUCGUUGUCUUUCCACAUGGCGGACCACAUGGAAUGUCAAGUACAGAAUUCAACAGACAGGCCCUUAUCUUUGCCCUUGCAGGCUGGGCAACAGCUCGUCCUAACUAUGUUGGCUCUACAGGAUAUCCAAUCAAGCAGAUCAAGAAGAUCUUCGGAAAUGCAGGCACAAAGGACUUGAACGAUGUUGUAGAAACAGUCAGAAUGUGCAAGAAGAAAUUUGGAGCCGAAAAAGUCGGUGUUUGGGGCUGGUCUCAUGGCGGAUUCCUUUCUGCACACAUGGCAUGCAAAUUCUCAAAGGAAAUCAACUUCGCCGUCAUUGGAGCACCUGUCAUCAACUUGGUUUCCAGCUUCUUCACAUGCGAUAUCCCUGAUUGGUCACUUGUUGAAGCUGGACUUUCUGAUGAAUGCGAUGGAGAAAUCGCUAUGACACCAAAAGUCAUGACAAAGCUCUGGGAAAUGUCUCCUCUCAAGUUUGUCGACGGUGUCACUGUUCCUGUCUUACUCGGACACGGAAACCUCGACAGAAGAGUUCCAUUCCAACAAUCAGUUGAAUUUUACCAGGCAUUGAAGAGAGCAGGAAAGAAGGUCACCUUCCUUCAGUACGAUGGAAAUGGCCAUGGAAUGAGACAGAAGGAUGCAUUCGAUGACUUCUUGGCUUCAUCAAUACAAUUCUUUGAAAACCCAGAUACUUUCACAGAGUGA